AUGGAACUUAUUCAGAGCUCACCGGAAAAAGAUAAGCGUCAGCGAUGCAAAAAAGUUAAAGACCAUGAUGAGGAUGAUGAUAACACCAAAGACCAAGUUUCAGAAGAAAAUCAGCCGUCGGAAAUUAUUGAUAACAUUGAGAAAAAGACAUCAGAAAAAAGCCUCAAGAGACAACGAAGACGAGAAGUACGACAAAAAAUGAAAGAUGCUGAAAUGUAUGAAUUGGAAAAAAUAAAACUGUUUCAACCCACUAUAAAUAUCUCAAGGAUCAAACUAGAUGGCUUAGUUGCAUCAAAAUCAUCACGAGGGAAAAGCACUGAAAGUGUAAAACAUCAUCGGAAUAAAAAUGAUGAUGGUCCCGAAAGUGACAGUGCCAUGGUACAAGAUUUGCUGAUGAAAAGUUCAUCACCAAAAGGUCCCGAGGAAGUUAAUAGUGUUAAUAAAACUGAUGGCAGCGAUGAAGUAGAUAAGCUGAUUGAAAUGCUUGAAAGUUCAUCGAAAGUAGAUGAGCAAGUAGAUAAGCCGAUUGAAAUGCCUGAAAGUUCAUCGAAAUUAGAUGAGCGUCAGUUACGUGAAGAAGGUGAUAAUAAUGAUGCCAAACUUCAAGAUUUGCUGAUGAAAAGUUCAUCACCAAAAGGUCCCGAGGAAGUUAAUCGUGAUAAUAAAUCCGAUGGCAGCGAUGAAGUAGAUAAGCCGAUUGAAAUGCCUAACAGUUCAUCGAAAGUAGAUGAGCGUCAGUCACGUGAAGAAGGUGAUAAUAAUGAUGCCAAACUUCAAG